AUGGCAGCCAAAGGUAGUGGCCAGGUGCUGGGGAUGUUGAGAUCCAGCUGGUUGGUAGCACUGUCCUGGCUUUCUUCGAUGGCUCAGAAGCGAUUGGAUUCGAAUGUGGUGUGUUGGAGCUCCGCAACUGCUGCCUGCAAAGAGCACUGGACUGUGGCUAUGCUCUUGUUCCAGACUGCGCGAAAAGGUCUUCGCGUUGAUGUCAUCAGCUUUGGUGGUGGCAUUGCCAUCAGCCGCACCUGGGAGGCGGCGCUGGGAUUGUUGGGGCAAAUGUCGACGGUGCAGCUGGAACAAAACGUUCUUUGUCAAGGCGCAGCCGCUGCCCUGUGCGCCUGGAACUGGGCUUUGCACCUGGCUGAGGAGCCAAAUGAAGUCCUGAUGGACACCUGCAUCCUGAAUUGCAUGACCUCCGGCAACUGGGCCAAGGCUCUGGAGCUCUUUGUGGAUUCUGAGUGGGAUGAGCCGAUGAGGUCUCCUGCAUCAUUUUUGUAUCUCUUGGGAAGCUUGUGCGUGGAUGAUGCGGGUGUCAUCCAUCCCAUGUGCUUAGAGGCACCUUUGGCUGCGGUGGAGAGACCCUUGGGAGCCCAGGCGUUGGAGCUGGAUGUAGGUGCCAAAGUUUUUGUGGGCCAUUGUGAUGCUGGGAGCGUCACCAACCCCUGCCUUAGAGGAGAGGCUUUGCAACGAGGUCUGCGUCAGGUCCUGCAGCUGUUGCCAUCCUUGUCCCUCGCCGAGCUGCAGCGCAGCGCUUGGGGCGCGGCCGGCGCGGCCGGCGCGGCUGGCGCCGGGGGUUUUCGCUUUUGGAAGCGACUCCAGGAGGAAUUGAUUGCUCGCGUUUACCAGCUGAAGCGCCAGUCCCUGGUGGAUUUCUGGCAGAAGAGUGGUGAGGAUGUGACAGGUGUGUUGUGGAGCUGCAACAUGGCCGGCAUGGUGACCGAAACAUGCAGGCGGCUGGUGGCCAAUGUGCUCCGAGACGCUGGCCGACUGCUGGACGCGCGGCAGCUCCAUCCGCUCCAAGCGGAUCGUGUGGUCCUGCUGAAGCCAUCUGGUUGGGGCGUUUGUGAUGGCGAAUCUGAGCUGCAACUGUUGGACCUUGCCAAGGAGAGGUUCGGAUCCCUUCCCAUCUUCAAAGAUCCACGUCACUGGCAUGGCUUCCUGCAUCGAAUCGAUGUUCCGUGCUCUGGGCUCAUUCUGCUGGCGAAGACCUAUGAGGCCUUCUAUGACCUUCAGCUUCAACUGCAGAUUGGGGAGAUUCUUCGUGAUUACGUGGUGCUGUGCCACGGCCUCUUUCCGCCUCGGCGUCGCUCGCUGCGCGCGGCGCUGUGGUGCCGUGGGUUUGUGACCUUCAGCGGUCGCGGACGUCCGGCGGUCAGCAGGGUGAAGGCGAUGGCGCAGUUCAGGCACUUCUUUCGCAGCUACACCCUGGCUGCCGUCCAGAUUUUGACUGGUCGUCAGCAUCAAAUUCGCAGCCACUUCGCCCAUGUUGGGCACCCGACAAUUCACGAUAGCCUGUAUGAGGCUCUUGCAACACUUGCGGAAGAUGGGGCGAUUUCUCCGCGGAAUUGGUUGCAUCGUUACCACCUUGCAUAUAAUGAAGCCGAUGGCCGCCGCAGCGAGUGGCGUGAAAACCUGCCAGAGGAUUUGCAGCAAAGCCUGGGGCGGCUGCACCACUGGCGAGGCGGCACCACUGGCGAGGCGCUUCACAGUGCAGGCCUUUGCCAUGGGAGAGCUGCAUCCAAUUGGAUCCAAAAGCAGCGCGAGUUCUGCGGGUCAGAACGAAUGACACGGGCGGUGGUAAUUCAUGAGCAACUACAGGAUAUCUUAGCAUAUUGGAUCAUAUUGGCAUGGGGAUGA